UCCAUGGCGAGGAAGCGCAAGGCAUCCGACGACGUCUCUGACACUGACAUCGACGUCGGCAUACCUCUAUCACUAGCUUCGACGGACGCGUGGACGACGUCCACGGUUGCGGCUACGACGGCGGCGAGGCAGCAGCAGCGGGGCAGGAAGCGGUUCGUGGGCGUGCGGCAGCGGCCGUCCGGCCGGUGGGUGGCGGAGAUCAAGGACACGAUCCAGAAGAUCCGCGUGUGGCUCGGCACCUUCGACACCGCCGAGGAGGCCGCCCGCGCCUACGACGAGGCCGCCUGCCUCCUCCGCGGCGCCAACACCCGCACCAACUUCUGGCCCCGCCCCUCGCCGCCUGCCGCCUUGCAGCCGCCGCCGCCGGCUAUGCUGUCGAUGCAGGCGCCGGCGUUGCCUUCCAAGGUCUCCAACCUCCUCCUCCUCCGCCUCAAGGCCCGCAACCAGCAGCUCCUCCUCAACGACGCCACGGCGCCGCAAGAGGCUGCGCUGCUACAGCAGCAGAUGCAGAAGCAGAUGUCCUCGUCGACAUCGUCGUGCCAAGAAUCAUACGUCCAUGGCCGUGACGACGAGUACUGCUUCCAGGUAGACGACUUUUUGAGCGAGGAGUGCAACAACUCGCCAGAAAUGGAGGAGGAAGAAGAAGAGGUGGAGGAAGAAGAAGAGGUGGAAGAGGAGGAGGAGCUGGACUUCCAGUUCAUGGACAAGCCGACGGUGGCGGAAGACGAGGACGCCGGAAUCUGCUCCCCGUUCGAGAUGGUCGCCGCCGAGCUCGGCGGCUCGGCGCCGGUGGAGGCUAACGAUGUGGACGGCGAGCCUGCGACGGCGGUGCAGGAGGCGAUGAGGAGGAUGGACUACGAGAGGAAGGUGUCCGCGUCGCUCUACGCGCUCAGCGGUGUGUCCGAGUGCCUCAGGAUGCGCCUCGGCGGCGGCGCCUCCGCCGCGCGCGAUCAGCUCUCCGGCCUGCGCGAGGCGUGCCGCAAGAAGCAGAGGGCGGCGGUGCAGCAGCCAGCAUCGGAGCAGUCCUCAGAACCAGCCGUCGCUGCUGCUGAUCAUGACGCAGAGGAGGGUAAAGCUUCCAUGCAAGAGGAGUGUUCAGGCAGCAGCAGCAGCGGCAGCAGCCUCACAGAGGCGGCGAGCUCGUCGUCACCGGAGGCUAACGUCACCGGCGACGGGGACGUGCUGCUGUGGAGCUCCCUGGACCUGGCGCCCAUCUGCUACAUGGCAUAGGCUGACCAGUUUUGUUGACGUGUUCCAUGGUUGCAACUUGCAGUUAGGUUGUGUUGCUGUGGAAUUCGUUUUGCUCCAUGCAUGGCAGAUGGCUCAUAUGAGAAGCCACCCCUGGCCAUCACUUGCUUAAUUACCAAUUUAUUUUGAGAAACAGUGGUAAUAACAACAGAAACGAACUUGCAUGCACCUCGGCUGGUAGUGCUUCA